UGCUGGAUUCCAGAUCGGUUCAGGGAGAGCUGGGGUGGAUAGCAAGUCCCCUGGAAGGAGGGUGGGAGGAAGUGAGCAUUAUGGAUGAGAAGAACACUCCAAUCCGCACCUAUCAAGUCUGCAACGUGAUGGAGCCCAGUCAGAAUAACUGGUUACGAACUGAUUGGAUUCCCCGUGAGGGGGCUCAGAGGGUAUAUAUUGAAAUCAAGUUCACUCUAAGAGACUGCAACAGCCUGCCAGGUGUCAUGGGAACUUGCAAAGAGACUUUCAACCUUUAUUACUACGAAUCAAACAACGAUAAGGAGCGUUUUAUUCGAGAAAGCCAGUUUGCCAAGAUCGACACCAUCGCUGCUGACGAGAGCUUCACCCAGGUGGACAUUGGUGACAGGAUCAUGAAGCUGAACACGGAGAUACGGGAUGUGGGGCCGCUCAGCAAGAAGGGGUUUUACUUGGCUUUUCAGGACGUCGGGGCCUGCAUCGCUUUGGUGUCUGUUCGUGUCUUCUAUAAGAAGUGCCCGUUGACGGUGCGAAACCUGGCGCAGUUUCCGGACACCAUUACCGGGGCCGAUACCUCCUCGCUGGUGGAGGUGCGCGGCUCCUGCGUCAACAACUCGGAAGAGAAGGAUGUGCCAAAAAUGUACUGCGGGGCAGAUGGCGAAUGGCUGGUGCCCAUUGGCAACUGUCUGUGCAACGCUGGCUACGAGGAACGCAACGGUGAAUGCCAAGCUUGCAAAAUCGGAUACUACAAGGCUCUCUCGACAGAUGCCGCUUGUGCCAAGUGCCCGCCUCACAGCUACUCCAUCUGGGAAGGCUCUACCUCCUGCACCUGCGACCGGGGCUUUUUCCGAGCUGAGAACGACGCGGCCUCCAUGCCCUGCACUCGCCCUCCCUCUGCUCCUCAGAACCUGAUCUCCAACGUCAACGAGACCUCGGUGAACCUGGAGUGGAGCCCCCCCCAGAACAAAGGUGGUCGUGAGGACAUCUCCUACAACGUGGUGUGCAAGAGGUGCGGGGCGGGCGAGCCGGGGCGCUGCCGGUCCUGCGGCAGCGGAGUGCACUUCAGCCCCCAGCAGAACGCCCUGAAGACCACCAAGGUCUCCAUCACCGACCUCCUGGCACACACGAACUACACCUUUGAAGUCUGGGCGGUGAACGGAGUGUCCAAGCAGAAUCCCAGCCAGGACCAGGCUGUGUCGGUCACUGUGACAACCAACCAAGCAGCUCCAUCCCCAAUUGCUUUGAUCCAAGCUAAGGAGAUAACAAGGCACAGCGUUGCCUUGGCAUGGCUGGAACCUGACAGGCCAAAUGGAGUCAUCCUGGAGUACGAAGUCAAAUACUAUGAGAAGGACCAAAACGAGCGCAGCUACCGCAUUGUGAAGACGGCCUCCAGGAACACGGACAUCAAAGGCUUGAACCCCCUCACCUCCUAUGUGUUCCACGUGAGGGCCAGGACGGCAGCAGGGUAUGGAGACUUCAGUGGACCUUUUGAGUUCACAACCAACACAGUUCCUUCCCCCAUCAUUGGCGAUGGUACCAAUCCCACAGUGCUCCUUGUCUCAGUGGCUGGCAGUGUUGUUCUUGUGGUCAUUCUCAUCGCAGCCUUUGUCAUCAGCAGGAGGCGCAGUAAGUACAGUAAGGCUAAGCAAGAGGCAGACGAGGAGAAGCAUUUGAACCAAGGUGUUAGAACAUAUGUGGAUCCUUUUACAUACGAGGAUCCAAACCAAGCUGUGAGGGAAUUUGCCAAAGAAAUCGAUGCCUCCUGCAUAAAGAUUGAAAAAGUUAUUGGUGUGGGGGAAUUUGGUGAGGUGUGCAGUGGACGUCUCAAGGUACCUGGAAAAAGAGAGAUCUGUGUUGCUAUCAAGACUCUAAAAGCUGGUUACACUGAUAAACAAAGGAGAGACUUCCUGAGUGAGGCCAGCAUCAUGGGACAAUUUGACCACCCCAAUAUCAUCCACUUGGAAGGUGUAGUUACUAAAUGUAAACCGGUAAUGAUCAUCACUGAGUACAUGGAGAAUGGCUCCUUGGAUGCCUUCCUCAGGAAGAACGAUGGCAGGUUUACAGUCAUCCAGCUGGUGGGGAUGCUUCGUGGCAUUGGCUCGGGGAUGAAGUAUCUGUCUGACAUGAGCUAUGUGCACCGGGACCUAGCUGCUCGAAACAUACUGGUCAACAGCAACCUGGUCUGCAAAGUGUCUGACUUUGGCAUGUCCCGGGUCCUGGAAGAUGACCCUGAAGCAGCUUAUACCACCCGGGGUGGAAAGAUCCCCAUCAGAUGGACUGCACCAGAGGCCAUCGCCUACCGAAAAUUCACCUCGGCAAGUGACGUGUGGAGCUACGGCAUCGUCAUGUGGGAGGUGAUGUCCUACGGAGAGAGACCCUACUGGGACAUGUCCAAUCAAGAUGUUAUUAAAGCCAUUGAAGAAGGGUAUCGGCUGCCACCCCCGAUGGACUGCCCCAUUGCUCUCCAUCAGCUGAUGUUAGACUGCUGGCAGAAGGAACGCAGUGACAGGCCAAAAUUUGGACAGAUUGUCAACAUGCUGGACAAACUCAUCCGCAACCCUAACAGCCUGAAGAGGACAGGCAGUGAGAGCUCCAGACCCAGCACAGCCCUGCUGGACCCCAGCUCCCCGGAGUUCUCGGCGGUCGUUUCUGUCGGCGAUAAAGCCAUUAAAAUGGAGCGCUACAAGGAUAACUUCACAGCUGCUGGCUAUACCACCCUAGAGGCUGUGGUGCAUAUGAACCAGGAUGACCUGGCGAGGAUCGGCAUCGCCACCGUCGCCCACCAGAACAAGAUCCUGAGCAGCGUGCAAGCCAUGCGCACCCAAAUGCAACAGAUGCACGGCAGGAUGGUGCCCGUCUGAGCCAGUACUGGAAAAAAAACAAACUCAAAACUCUUGAAAUUAGUUUACCUCAUCCAUGCACUUUAAUUGAAGAACUGCACUUUUUUUACUUCGUCUCCUCGCCCGUCGAAAUCGAGAUCUGCAGCAUUGCUUGAUGUACAGAUUGUGGAAAGGGAGCGUGUGUGUUGGGAGGGGGGCCUCCAGAAACGACAAGCCGUCGUUCUAAACCAGACCUGGAACAAAUUGUUUCUUGGAACACACUUCUCUGGUGAUCGACGACGUGUAAAAUACAUGUAUCUAUAUAAAUAUAAAGUCACGUUCAAGUUUUGAUGCUAUGUUUGCUGCCAGAUACUGUGCUUAAAAAACAAAACCAACUUUACUUUCCUUCUCCCUGUGACCCGUAGGAUUACAACCGUAGUGUUUUUAUUUGUGGGUGAAACCACCGUUGUGCAUCUUUCACUGGAAUGAAGAAUCUGCCCUUGGAUGGUUUUUUUUCCAGACUGGACGCAUCGCUGAUGCCUUGCAGAAACCUCAGUGAGAAUAUCACGUGGCUAAUCAGUGCCUGCCAAUUAGUGAUCUUCCCAUUGACGGGCUUGAGGCAUGAAAUGACCCAUCUCGUGGAUUACUGGGCCAAACUGGACUCUUGGGGAGGCUGUUGGCUGGAGGUGUGCCAAGCUGAACCCUACCACUUAAAGACAUGUUGUGAACAUCUUGCCAGUGGUCAGCUGUGACAAUCGUGGCUGUGGAGCUUUUGGACUUCUUUUCUCUUUUGGGAAGCAGUUCCCUUUGCCACGU